CUAUUUAAUUUUAAUUAAUGGGUUCUUCCAAGAGGAAGUCGGCCGAAGGCCCAUUCGCCGACUCCUCUCCGCCGCUCAAACAGAGAAAAGACAAUGAUUCGGCUGCCUCCGACGACCGCCUGGCCUGUCUACAUGAUGUCUCCUACCCGGAGCAGGGUUAUGCUCCAAAGACUCCCCCAUCACUUGACCCUUUUCAAUCUGAAGCUAUCAAGUGCCUUGACAAUGGUGAGUCCGUCAUGGUUUCAGCUCAUACUUCUGCUGGGAAAACUGUUUAUAUACUUCACCAAUUAAAGCACUUAGCAACCAAAAGUUUAGGGAGUUUAAAGAAGAGUUUUCUGAUGCUGGUUUGAUGACUGGAGAUGUAACAAUUGAGCCCAAUGCUUCAUGCUUGGUAAGUCUCUUUGCAACUUUCUUAAUAUGUGUGUGUUUUGUUUUAUGGUCUCCUUGGAGAUGGUUUGUUUUUCAGGUAAUGACCACUGAGAUCUGGCGUGCUAUGCUUGACGGAGGAUCUGAGAUCAUCCGGGAAGUUGCUUGGGUUGUUUUUGAUGAGGUGCACUUCAUGCGUGAUAGAGAGAGAGGUGUCGUAUGUGAAGAGAGAGUACUGUCAUGGCACCAAAAAACUCUAGAUUUGUGUUUCUCUCAGCAACUGUGUCUAAUGCGAAAGAAUUUGCUGAUUGGGUCGCUAAGGUCCACCAGCAGCCUUAUCACAUUGUUUAUACCGAUUAUCAGCCAACACCCCUUCAGCAUUACAUUUUCCCUGCUGGAGGUGAGGGUCUAUACAUGGUGGUGGAUGAAAGGGGAAGGUUUAGGGAAGACAGCUUUCAGAGAGCCUUAAAUGCCCUUGUUCCUAAAGCUGAAAGUGACAAAAAAAGAGAGAGUAGUAAGUUACAGAAGGGUUUAGUGAUGGGGAAAGUUGGCAAAGAUGGUGAUAUCUUCAAGUUGGUGAAAAUAAUUAUUAGACGUUAAUAUGAUCCUGUGAUUAUAUUCAGCUUCAGUGGAAAGGAAUGUGAAUUUCUUGCAACGCAGAUGGAAAAAUUGGAUUUGAAUGAUGAUGAUGAGAAAACAAACAUUGAAAUCAGCUUUUGGAAUGCCAUGGGCAUGCUUUCAGACAACGAUAAGAAGAUACCUCAGGUAUCUAAUAUGCUACCACUCUUGAAACAUGGAAUAGGUGUGCAUCACUCCGGCUUGCUUCCCUUUCUAAAAGAAGCAGUAGAGAUAUUAUUUCAAGAAGGUCUGAUCAAGGCUAGGAUAACAAACUCAAUUUGAUGCU